CUACAUCUCCCAGGAGGCGUUGCGGCCAGAUAGCCCAGGCGCGGGCGCGCUCUCCUCGCGCGGUGCACGCUGGGACUUGGAGUUUCAGCCCUCCCGCCCUUCCACCGCGCUGCGCAGGACUCUCCGCCCAGAGGCGCGCAGAAGCGCGGGAAACUCCGUCCUCCGCGCCCUGACGUCACGUAGCCAGUCCCGGGCGGCGCACCCGCAUCGCGGAAGGCCACCUUCCAGCCGCGUUACUACAGCAACGAUUCUUUUUAGUGGGUGCUUAUCAUGGCAACAGGAGGCGGUCCAUUUGAAGAAGGCAUGAAUGAUCAGGACUUGCCCAGCUGGAGCAAUGAGAGCCUUGAUGACCGGCUGAACAACACGGACUGGGGAAGUCAACAGAAAAAAGCAAACAGAUCAUCAGAAAAAAACAAGAAGAAGCUUGGUGGGGAUACUGAAACGAGGCUUACUAAUGAUAUAUCUCCAGAAUCUUCACCUGGAAUGGGACGACGGAAGACCAGGACUCCUCAUAGUUUUCCUCAUGCACGAUACAUGACCCAGAUGUCUGUUCCAGAGCAGGCUGAACUAGAAAGACUUAAACAAAGAAUAAACUUCAGUGAUCUGGAUCAGAGAAGCAUUGGAAGUGAUUCUCAAGGCAGGGCAACGGCUGCUAACAACAAACGUCAACUUAAUGAAAACAAAAAACCAUUCAACUUCUUGUCACUGCAGAUAAACACUAACAAAAGCAAAGGUCCUGCGUCAGAUUCCCAAAAAAAGGAAAGCGGGAUACCGUUGCAAUGUAAAGAGUUGUUUGAAGCUGCUCUAAGCAAGGAUUUCUUGCAGAAUUGUCAACUCUCUGUUCAAGAAGAUGGAAGAGGAGAACCAGCUAUGGAUAGCAGCCAGAUUGUGAGCAGACUAGUUCAAAUUCGCGACUAUAUUGCUAAGGCCAGCUCCAUGCGGGAUGAUCUUGUAGAGAAAAAUGAAAGAUCGGCCAAUGUUGAGCGUUUAUCACACCUUAUAGAUCACCUUAAAGAGCAGGAGAAAUCCUAUCUGAAAUUUUUGCAAAAGAUGCUUGCUAGAGAAAAUGAGGAGGAGGAUGUUCGGACUAUAGCUUCAGCUGUGAGAUCUGGUUCUGUAGGUGAGAGCACAUCGCUAAACACUGAUGUGCAGUCUGAGGCUUCAGAUACCAUGGCCAGAGAUCCUCAACAGGAAGCUAAGGAGGAGCUGGAAAACUUGAAGAAGCAGCAUGAUUUAUUAAAAAGGAUGCUACAACAGCAGGAACAAUUGAAGGCUCUUCAAGGAAGACAGGCAGCUCUUCUUGCUUUGCAGCAUAAAGCAGAGCAAGCGAUUGCUGUCAUGGAUGAUUCUGUUGUAACAGAGACUACAGGUAGUGUUUCAGGAGUAAGUCUCACAUCAGAACUGAAUGAAGAAUUAAAUGACUUAAUUCAACGCUUUCAUAACCAGCUGCAUGAUUCUCAGACACAGUCUGUGCCAGACAAUAGAAGGCAAGCAGAAAGUCUUUCACUUACCAGAGAGAUUUCACAAAGCCGAAACUCUUCGGUGUCAGAACACCUGUCAGAUGAGAAGGCACAGCUUUUUAACAAGAUGCGGAUGUUGCAGGGUAAAAAGCAAAAAAUGGAUAAACUGUUAGGAGAACUUCACACGCUUCGUGACCAACAUCUAAAUAACUCCUCUUUUUUUCCUGCUUCAGGGUCUCCUCAGAGGAGUAUUGACCAACGAAGUACAACCUCAGCUGCUUCUGCUCCUGUAGGAGUGGUAACUGUUGUCAAUGGUGAACCAAAUAGUCUGCCAUCUGCUCCCUAUCCUCCUGAUUCCCUGGCUUCUCAGAAUGAGAGUGAAGAGGACGACAAUUUAAAUCCAACAGAAAAGCUUCAGAAGCUAAAUGAGGUUCGUAAGAGGCUGAAUGAAUUGCGUGAGUUAGUUCACUACUAUGAACAAACAUCUGAUAUGAUGACAGAUGCUGUGAAUGAAAACACUAAGGAAGAAGAGGAAACAGAAGAGUCAGAAAGUGAUUCUGAACAUGGGGAUCCACAGCCUGUUACAAAUAUUAGAAACCCUCAAGGAAUCAGUAGCUGGAGUGAAAUAAAUAGCAACUCAAAUGUACAGUGUGGAACUAAUAACAGAGAUGGAAGACAUCUUAAUACAGACUGUGAAAUAAAUAACCGAUCUGCUGCUAAUAUAAGGACUCUAAAAAUGUCUUCUACUCUAGACUGCCAUAAUAGGGAGGAUGACAAAGAGACUGACCUACCACAAGGUGAAGAUGAUGAAGUGGAAGAAGAUAGAGCUAGUGAAGAUUCCAUACCUAGUCACAGAAGCAGCCUGGGUGAUGCUGCAGAUGCUGAGUUUGAGCAGAAGAUUAAUAGGCUCAUAGCUGCAAAGCAGAAACUCAGGCAGUUACAAAACCUUGCUGCUAUGGUGCAGGAUGAUGGUCCAGAACCUCAAGCACCAGCUGCAAAUGCAUCUAAUAUGGGUGACUUGUUUUUGGGUGAGAUGGAAGAGACAAAGCAACAACCAAAUAAUGUCCGAGCUAGUACCAAUAAGAUGCAAAAGGAUGUAGGACUGAAUGAAAAAGCAAGGGAGAAGUUCUAUGAAGCUAAACUUCAGCAGCAGCAACAGGAACUUAAGCAGUUACAAGAAGAAAGAAGAAAGCUGAUAGAAAUUCAAGAAAAAAUUCAAGUGUUGCAGAAAGCUUGUCCUGACCUUCAAUUGUCAGCUGGCCUGGGUAACUGCCCAGCAAAUAGGCAAACUUCACCAGCAGCCUCAACUCCAGCCGUGAAUGAGUAUAACAUGGCUGGCAAGCCUUUACUUGACUUCGAUGAAUCUGUACCAGUUGGCAAUGAGUUAUGGUCUGAGAUGAGGAGACAUGAGAUUCUGAGAGAGGAGUUGCGACGGAGAAGAAAGCAACUUGAAGCUUUAAUGGCUGAACAUCAGAGGAAGAGAGAGCUGGCAGAAACAAUAUCUACUGUUGCUGCCUCUGUUAAAAGUGAGGGAUCAGAAGCUCACCAUACUCCACAGCAAAGCAGGACAGAAAAUAGGACAAUGGCUACCUGGGGAGGCUCUACCCAGUGUGCACUAGAUGAAGAGGAUGGAGAUGAAGAUGGUUAUCUCUCUGAUGGACUUGAUCAGGCAGAGGAAGAGGAAGAAGAUGCAUCAAGUUCGAAUGAUAGUUUCUCUGUUUAUCCCAAUAACCACAUAACAGAAAAUGUGUAUUUUCUUAAAGAAAAUAAGGAUAGGUGGAAAAAUGUCCGUCCUCUUUCAGCAGAUGGGAAUUACCGUCCAUUGUCUAACACCAGGCAGCAGCAAAACGUCAGUAUGCGACGUCAGGAGAACCUUCGGUGGAUGUCUGAAAUUUCCUAUGUGGAAGAAAAAGAACGAUGGCAAGAACAGAUCAAUCAGUUGAAGAAACAACUUGAAUUUAGUGUCAGCAUUUGUCAGACCUUGAUGCAGGACCAGCAGGCGCUCUCCUGUCUUCUACAGACUUUGAUUACAGGCCCUUACAGUAUGAUGCCCAAUAAUACUGCAUCUUCACAAGUACAUCUUAUCAUGCAUCAGUUAAACCAGUGUUAUACUCAGCUGACUUGGCAGCAGAAUAAUGUUCAGAGGUUGAAACAAAUGUUAAAUGAUCUUAUGCGCCAGCAAGAACAACAACAGUGUCAAGAGAAGCCUUCAAGAAAGGAGAGAGGCAGUAGCGCACCACCACCUCCGUCUCCUGUUUUCUGUCCAUUCAGCUUUCCUCCACAGCCUGUGAACCUGUUUAAUAUACCAGGAUUUACCAAUUUUUCUUCCUUUGCUCCAGGUAUUAACUACAGUCCAGUGUUUCCAUCUGGAUUUGGAGAUUGUGCACACAAUGGUUCCCCACACAGCAGUGAGCAGCAGCAACAUCCUGUAGAUCAUAAUGCUUCUGGGAAAACUGAGUAUAUGGCGUUCCCCAAACCUUUUGAAAGUAGUCCCUCUAAUGGAGCAGAAAAACAAAGGAGUCAUAGACAACCCGAAGAGGAAAUGGAGAAAAGAUCGACUUGGCUUAAUGAUAGCCAGGAAAUGAAAAAAGAUGAUCAAUCUCACCUGAAAGCAGGUUUUCCAGUUUCAGUACAAAACGUUGCUUCUGGUCAUAAAAAUCAGUCUGAUAUGAGCAGGAGAAGAGACUUUGAGGAAGAGUCUUUGGAAAGUUUUAGUAGCAUGCCUGAUCCAGUAGACCCAACUACUGUGACAAAAACAUUUAAAUCCAGAAAAGCAUCAGCGCAAGCAAGCUUGGCAUCAAAAGAUAAAACACCCAAAUCGAAGAAUAAGAGGAAGAGUUCUCAGCUGAAAGGCAGAAUUAAAAAUACUGGUUAUGAAAGUGCAAGCGCUUCUAGUGUGUGUGAACCCUGCAAAAGCAAUAAAAACAAACACUCUGAAGAGGUUGUUCAUGCAAAGGUGUUCAGCAAAAGGAAUCGGGAACAAUUAGAAAAAAUAAUUAAAUACAGUAGAUCUACAGAAAUGUCUUCAGCACAUGCUAGGAGAAUUCUGCAGCAGUCUAACAGAAAUGCAUGCAUUGAAGUGCCAGAAACUGGUAGUGAUCUUUCUAUGUUUGAAGCUUUGCGGGACACAAUUUAUUCUGAAGUCGCAACUCUUAUUUCUCAAAAUGAGUCUCGUCCCCACUUUCUAAUUGAACUUUUCCAUGAGCUACAACUGUUAAACACAGAUUACCUAAGGCAAAGGGCUCUAUACGCUUUACAGGAUAUAGUGACCAGACAUUUAUCUGAGAACAAUGAGAGAGACAAAUGUACAAAAUCGCUGAAUUCUGCAACAUGGAUAGCAUCUAACUCUGAACUCACUCCCAGUGAAAGCCUUGCUUCUACAGAUGAUGAAACUUUUGACAAGAACUUCCCUACAGAAGCAUGCCAAGACUGUGAACCAAAUGAUGCAGACAAUGGGAGUACUAUGUCUACAUCUUCUCAUUUUGAACCCUUUGCCACUGAUGACUUGGGCAACACAGUGAUUCACUUAGAUCAAGCUUUGGCUAGGAUGAGGGAAUAUGAGCGUAUGAAAAUUGAAGCUGAAAGUACCCUUGACUCUGAGGGCUGCUCUAGUAAUUUUCAGGGUGCUACUGCUGCUAAAUUAGAAGGUCCAAGCACCAGUGAGUGUCUUUCUGCACCACAGUCAAGUGAAGCUUCUGCUGUUCCAUGUCCUCGCAUAGAUACUCAGCAGCUUGACCGGCAGAUUAAAGCCAUUAUGAAAGAGGUCAUUCCUUUUCUGAAGGAACACAUGGAUGAAGUAUGCUCUUCUCAAUUGCUGACAUCAGUAAGACGUAUGGUCUUGACUCUUACACAACAGAAUGAUGAAAGUAAAGAAUUCGUGAAGUUCUUUCAUAAGCAACUUGGUAGUAUACUUCAGGAUUCACUGGCAAAAUUUGCUGGUAGAAAACUAAAAGAUUGUGGGGAAGAUCUUCUUGUGGAGAUUUCUGAGGUGUUAUUUAAUGAAUUAGCCUUCUUUAAACUCAUGCAAGACUUGGACAGCAACAGUAUUUCUGUAAAGCAGAGGUGUAAAAGAAAAAUAGAAACAACUGAAGAGAUACAGUCUUAUGCUAAAGAGGCAAAAAAAGGUCUCCAGGUGGAUGUUUGUUCAUCUGCUGAAGAUAUCGAUGAGGACAAAGACAAGGAUGAGACUGAAACAGUGAAACAAGCACAGGGCUCAGAAAUGUAUGAUGGUAAUGAAGUUCCCGAAAGCAUUAAGUCUGAUGCUUCUGACCAAGAGGAAGAUGAAGAAAGUGAAAGUGCCCCAGUGGCUAUAAGCUUAUCAAAAGCAGAAACCCAAGCCCUGACUAAUUAUGGCAGUGGAGAAGAUGAGAAUGAAGAUGAAGAAAUAGAAUUUGAGGAAGGACCUGUUGAUGUGCAGACAUCACUACAAGCGAGCAGUGAAACAGCAACUGAAAAUGAACAGACUCCAAACCAAGAACUGAAUAAAACAAAAGGCAGCGAUACUAUGUCAUCCAAACAAGAAUCUGCUAAUGUGAAAGGUGAACAAGAUGCAGCUACACUUUUGCCUCAUUACCUCAAUGUCAUGGAGAACACACCACCUUCAACAGUCAACACCCCAGAAUCAUUUAUAACAGCCAGUGUGAAAACAGAAGAAACAAGCUCAUCGUUACCAGGAAAUGAGACUCAAAAGCUAGAUACAGCAUGUGUAGUAAACAAGUCAUCUGCUGGAAGUUCUGAAAGCUCCAUGGCUGGCAGUCCUGAUACAGAGUCACCUGUAUUAGUGAAUGAAUAUGAAGCUGGUUCUGGAAAUAUAAGUCAAAAAUCUGAUGAGGAUGACUUUGUGAAAGUUGAAGACUUGCCCCUUAAACUUGCAGUCUAUUCAGAGGCAGAUUUAAUGAAGAAAAUAGCAUCAGAGGCCCAAACCAACAGUUUGUCUGACGAGUUACUGGAUGGAGAUAGAGCCCAAGAUGAAGAAUUAGUAGGAGAUGCUCAAACUUUGAAAGAACCAGAAACUUUUGGAGCUCAAAGUGUGUGAAAAUGAUCCGAAGAUACCUGCAUAUGUAAACUCCACGUAUACAAAUGCAUAUGGAAGAUCACUACUUUAACAAAUUCUGAAAGUGUAUAAAAAUGUAAAAUAGUUUUUGACACUCUGCCUUUUAGGGAUAGGUAUGCUAACUUCUGCCUGUGGCAGUUUGAACAGCUGGAACUGAAUCCUCUUUUAUUCAGUUUUGCUGCACUGUUCUUUUUCUGUCUUAAUCUUUUUUAUUUUUUAUUGUGACUUGUUUAGUAAUUUUAAAAUUGUUCAAAAUUGUAGUUUUAAAUAAAGUUUGGACUUGUCUGUAAA